CUAUGGAAACAUCAAUAUAUAAUAUCAAAGUCUUGUGUUAAGCGAUUUUAAUACAUUUUAUAUAAACUCCAACGAGUAACAAACAAUAUCUUCAGAUGAGUAUUAAAUUCAAUUAUCGCAAUCUUUUAUUUAACAGAAAUGACGAACAAUAAGUUGUAAAAAUUUUAUGAGAUCUUCUGGCUAUUACUAGAUGUAAAUAUCCUUGAUUUAUUCAUUCCUUCCACCGAAGUAACAUACGUUCGUUAUAGAUCAUUUUGUAUGUUUUCUUUUUUGUUGUGUUGUAACUUCUUAUCGAUGUUUCCAAUGCUAUAUUAUAUAUGCCACAAUAGUAUAUGUCACUUUUUUCUUAUCUUAACUUAGCCUUAGAAUGCACUAGCAACGUGUGACAGCAAACAACUGGGACAUCCCGUAUAUAAUAUGUAUGUGCAGGCAAUGUUUUAUAUUCUACACAAAAGCAUAGGAAGUAAUAAAGUAUUUAACCUCGAUUUAGGAAACAUAACUACAUAGAUAGCAAUUGUCACGACUUCGAAAUUUCUUUGAAUAAACUCAACAUAAAUUUGGAUAAAAUGGACAAGGAUUUCUUCCCAUUAUUCCCGUUACGUAAGAACCUGUUUGGAAUAUGUUUAUGUGUUGUAUAUAGGAACAAGUGGUAACAGAUACGUAGGCACAGUGUUACAAUCGAGUCAAUGAUACAGUCUUUCAUCUGCUGUCCGAUCAACAACAUACUGAUUUACGUUCCUCUGCUUUCAUUUGAAUCACUAAAUUUUCCAAGGACAGUGAUACAUCGCAUAUACGCAGUGUGCAGCUGGAAUUUUCGUGAAUAUCAUCGAAAUUAAGUUGUUAUUAAAAAGUGUUUUGGACUUUUAUAAAAUAAAGUAUUAAACCAAAUAUGAAUUUAUUUACAUCUUCGAUUAAGCAGAUAUCACGAAAAAUGUAUAGCAAUAGGCAUCUGACCACCUGUGUAACACAAUUACACCACUGUCCUGGCCCUUUAACUCAAUUUACAGAAGAGGAACUUUUGAUGAAAGAAAGUGUUGCUAAAUUGGCUAAAGAGGAAAUUGCUCCGCUUGUGCGAAAAAUGGAAAAAGAGGGAAAAAUAGACGAUGCUGUAGUACGAGCACUUUUCGAAAAUGGUUUAAUGGGCAUCGAAAUACCGGAGAAAUACAGUGGUUCUGGGUGCAAUUUCAUGACAACGGUUUUAACCGUUGAAGAAAUUGGCAAAGUUUGUGGAGCUGUGGCAGCUCUGGUCGAUAUUCAUAAUACCUUAGUGAACUCGUUAAUUGUAAAAGUCGGCACGGAAGAACAGAAAGCAAAGUAUCUGCCGAGAUUAGCACAAGAACACGCGGGAAGUUUUUGUCUUACGGAGCCUGGUUCAGGAUCAGACGCCUUUUCUUUGAAAACCGAGGCAAAAAAGGAUGGAUCUGAUUAUGUUAUAAACGGAACAAAAAUGUGGAUUUCAAAUUCCGAUAUUGCGGGUUUGUUCCUUGUUUUCGCAAAUGCGAAUCCUUCUGCCGGAUACCGUGGCAUUACAACAUUUUUUGUAGAACGAGAUACACCUGGAUUAACAGUCGCAAAACCUGAAGAUAAGCUAGGAAUUAAAGCAUCGGGUACAUGUAUGAUUCACUUCGACAAUGUCAGAGUUCCUGAGGAAAAUAUUUUAGGAAAAGUUGGCCAAGGGUAUAAAUACGCUGCAAAAUUUUUAAAUGAAGGACGAAUUGGUAUUGGAGCUCAAAUGAUUGGUAUAGCACAAGGCUGCUUCGAUGCUACCAUACCAUACACAUUGGAAAGGAAACAAUUUGGAAAAGACAUAUUCUCAUUUCAAUCUAUGCAACAUCAAAUUGCUCAAGUGGCCACUGAACUUGAAUGUGCCAGGUUACUGGUUUACAAUGCGGCCAGAUUAGUCGUUGCCAAAAGAGAUGUAAUAAAAGAGGCUGCCAUGGCAAAACUGGUUGCUUCCGAAACGGCUUUACGGGUUACCGCAAAAUGCAUCGACUUUAUGGGUGGAGUAGGAUUCACGACAGAUUUUCCUCAAGAAAAAUAUUUUAGAGAUUCGAAAAUUGGAACUAUUUACGAAGGCACUAGUAAUAUGCAAUUAUCAACCAUAGCCAAAUGCAUUCGUCAACAAUAUUCGUGAAAAUAUGUAGUUACAUUCGUCUUUUAAAUCAAAAUUUUAUACUGUAUUUCUUAUUAUUAUAAUAGAUAUUUUUUACAAUUA